UUUAUGGCUUUGUGACUUGAUGCAUGCUUUAAUAUAUCUAUUAAUAUUCUAUUUGAUAUAUAUUUCAGUUUCUUUAGCAAACUGUGCAUUUUGUUGAAAUUUGUCUCCUUUUUUUCCAGAGUUGUUUUAUAAUGAAGGAACUGAACACAUGGAAAAAGGAAGACCACAAUCUAGUGCAUUUUCAGACCCAGAAGAAAGUUUAGAUCAAGGUCUUGUAGCCCCAUCUGAAAACAUUAAACCCUCCUUCACCAAAAAGCUGAAAUUUCAGUCUGUUGUGGAGGGUGACACUGCAGCUUUUAAGUGCAAGCUAGUUGCAAUGCCACCUCCAACGAUAUUGUGGUUUCAUAAUAACAGACAAAUACAGAAGGAGCACCAUCGUAAAAUAUAUACAGUUAGUAAAAUGCAUAUGCACGCAACCAGUUUAACAAUUGAGGGGAUUAAGGAAAAAGAUUCAGGCAGUUACAAAGUCAUGGCAAUUAACACCGAAGGAUCUGCUGAAACCACAGCAUCACUUCUUGUAUCACUGAGGGAAGAGCAAGAUGUUACUUAUUUCAGUCAUUCUAGAUCUUCAAACAAAGCCCACUCGAGCUCUGAUUCAUUAGCUGAUUCAACAAAAGAAAGAACAUUUAGAGUAGAUCUAAGAUGUGUUGGCUCUCCUUUUGAUAAAACAACUAAAGGGCAAACUAAGGGACGUCAUAGAUCAAAAAGCACUCUGUUCCGAACAAUGUAUUUUAGAACUUCAUCCCCAUCAAGAACAGACAGGGACAGCAAGUUUGAGACCGCAUCUGAACGUGCACGCUCUCCAACUCCGAUGUAUGAGAGAUACGAGAGGUUCAGUGAUCGAUACAGUGAUAUAUACUGUGACAGAUUCACAGGACAUGACCGAUACAGUGAUAGGUUUAGUGAUAAAUUCAGUGACCGGUGUAGUGAUAGGUACAGCGACAGAUUUAGCGACACAGACAGCCUUCAUGGAGAGGUUAAAGCAAAACUCAGUCUCUUACAAAAGGCUGUCAAAAAGAAAAAGAGACUUUCUAUUUCUACAAUGUCCUCAUCUGAGUUUGAAGUGGAAUCAGUUACAAGUGAGCCUUGUUACACAGAUUACGUUGAGAGACUCAGAGUCAAGCCAUCUACUUUGCCUGAAGUUCAACAUGUCAUUCAUCCUGGUGAGCAAGGUGAAAGUGGUAGAGGUUCAGCAGAAUAUCAGAGUAGACUGGAGAGAAUUACCGGAAUUCGCUCCCAAUCAACUGAUCGAAGAGUUAGACACUCUUUUGAGCCUCAGUCAAGAUCUAGGGCACUUCGAAUGAUGAAGGGUGAACCUCCUCUAGAAGAAACUUUAAGAAAAGACGUUCAAGUUGAUGUAUCUGAUGCACGGAUGGAUCAAAGGAUCACAUCGAAAGAGGAGUCAGAAAAGGAGAUAAAAUAUGAUAUUUUAGUGCACAAAGAUGAUGCUAGCCUUUGUCAGUGGGAUGAUGAGGGGCAGACUAAGGCAAAAGAACCAUUUGUCUUGCAGUGGUUAGAGGCAGGAGAAGCUUCUAAACAAGCGAGCAAUACAAAGGAGAUAAGCUCAUCACACGAAGAGUCAAAAGAAAAAGAGUCUUCAAGAGCCAAGGCAGUGAAGCCAAUGAAAGAAAUAUUUUUUGGUGAUGAAGGUAAAACGGUUCCUGUACAGAAAUUAGAACAGAGAGCUAUGUCUGUGGAAAACAUCCUUGAGAAAAACCUAGAGAGUGAGUGCUUAGAAAGUGAAGAUCAGUUCUUAGCUCAACGCAUUCGAAAAUGGCAACAAGAUGUGCAGUGGGAUGAAGCACAACAGGUCAAGACAAAGGAACCUUUUGUGUUGCAGUGGUUAGAGACAGGACAAGCUUCCAAACAAGUCAGCAGUACAAAGGAGAUCAGUCCAUCACAUGAGAAGCCAGCAGACAAAGAGUGUACAAGAGCAAAGGUAGUGAAGUUAAAGGAGGAACAAUUUCCUGCCGAUGAUGGUCUGCAACACGAAAGUAAAAGGGCUCCUGUACAGGAAUUAGAAAAGAGAGCUAUGUCUGUGGAGAACAUCCUUGAGAAAAACUUGGAGGGUGAUCAAUUCGAGAGUGAAGAUCAGUUUUUAGCUAAAUGGCAACAAGAUGUGCAGGUUGAUAAGGCAGAGUCUAUUGUGCCCCAAAAGUCAGAGAAAAAAGGCUCUUAUUUUCAUGAAUCUUUGGGUAAAGCCCAAAAUGAAGAAGCAGCAGCUUUAAAAGAUCAAAGGGAAUCCUCAUUUACAAAGAAUUCAAGAUCUUCAUUCAAAGAAAAACAUUCACAUGAACUCUCAGGUGAGAGUGAGUUACAUUUAUCACGAGAAAGAAUAAAUGAGUUAAAAAGUGAAAGCGAUCCUGUGAGUGAAAAAGAGGCAUUGACCCAGUGUAUAAUGAAAUGGCAACAAGAUGUUUUGACUGUGCAAGAACAGGCUGUUGACCUAGAUCCUGAUUGGGGUGGUGUUACUGAGAGUGCUUUAGAAAGAGCAGCAUAUAAAGAUGUUGAGGUGGAAGAGAUGAAUAGGAGAUCACCACAGAGAACAGCAAAGGAGAGGUGCUUUAGUGAUGUUUCUUCUCAGUCCUAUGUAACUGAUAGGUCUAAAACACAUAAGCAGAUUCUUUCUGAAGCUGAUAGUGAGAAGUUAAGGACUGAAAGUGACUAUUUUGUCAGUGAGGAGGAGGCUCUAGCAAAGCGUAUUAAAAAAUGGCAACAAGAUGUUCCAAUUGAGCAAGAAGAAAGUGUUGAAUUAGAAUCUAAUUGGGCCAUUUCAGAGCAUGUGCAGUCUUCUGUUGAAACACCUGAGACAAUGUUGACGUCCACAGCUUCACCAACUGGAAAAGUUCUGUCGUAUACAAAGCCUGAGCAGUUUGUGACCGAUAAAAUUAGUACAGAUGUGACUGGAUGUAUUGAAAGCCGAUAUUUGGGUAAUAAGGAUGUAGUUCAGCGGCAUCAUGGUAAUGUAAAAGAUGUGACAAUGCCUAGACAGGAUCCUGAUGUAAUAAAGCAACAGAAAACCCUCUCAAAACAAGAAAUCCCCAGUGCUACUCCCACUGCAGGGAAAAUCUCUACGAGUAUAGUAAAACCGGGAGCACCUGUAUUUGUGACAACGUUAAUUCCAGAGGUUGAGGUAAAGAGAGGUGAGAUGACUGAACUAAGUUGCCAAUUCCAGGGAGAUCCCCCACCCUCUGUUUCAUGGCUUAAAGAUCGACAUCUUAUAAUGAGAGACCCUGAUUUUGAUGUUCGUUCCAAAGCAACUUCAUCGACACUGACCAUUUAUUAUCCAACUAUUGACCAUCAAGGUCUGCUUACUUGUAAUAUUGCAAACAAACAUGGAAAAGCAAGUACAUGUUGCAUAUUCAAAGUAACUGAAGAUGUUCUGUCAAGGACAGAGAUUGGACCUCCUCAAGAGGUUAAAGUAACAGAUGAGUCAGUGUUCACUGAAGAAGAAAUGAUUGAGGAAGAACUCAAGUCACUAACGAAACCUAAGAUAGACAGCAAAUACACAUUGCAGGUGCCUCAGGCAGUCAUCCACAUACCGCAAACUUCAGACUCGUCUAUUCAUUCCUCACCAGUUGAGAUCAGAAUAACUGCUCCAACUCCAGUGCUAGAGAUUGUUGAUGAGGCUAAAGGCACAUUUGGGCCUGUUACACAAACCUCAGAGUCUCCGGCUGAUGAUGGGACCUCUCAAACCAUGAAGCAUAAGUUCAAAUUUUCUUUUGAUGAUGGUCGUGGAGCUCCCCAGGUUGUUAGAGAACUAGAGAACAUUAGUGCUUCAGACGGGCAGACUGCUAUGCUUGAGUGCAUCAUUAUUGGUGAACCAACACCUGAGGCUGUCUGGUCCCAUGAUGAUAUUUGCCUUGAUCUUAAUACCAGUAAAUAUAGAUUUGAGGUACAAGACAAAUGUUACAGCCUUUUUAUUGACAAUUUUACUUGUCUUGAUGCUGGAACAUAUAGAUGUAUUGCAGCUAACAAAUUUGGGCAGGUUGAAAGUGUUGCUGAUGUGUCUUUUGAUUCUGCAACUUUGGACUCUGGAUUUUCAUCCAUUGCCAUGUCAGAGGUGGAUAAUCAAACUAGAUCUUUUGGCGUAUUUUCAGAAAUCACCAAAGUUGGAACAAAGACUUUAUCAAGUUCUUCCACAACAUCCAAAGGUAUUACUCAAAAAAGUGAGGAUGUUCUUCAUUAUGAACAUUUCACUUCAGUUAAUCCUGCUGGAUUUCAAGAUAUUAGCAAAACCGAUGAUCCCCGUUACCCACAGCCAGAUGCUCCCAAACUCAUCAAGCGCAUUAAGAAAACUGCUUCAGACAUACCUGUAAUAACAGGCUGUGGUUUGCAGUCAUCUGGGGCAGAGGUUAAAGUAACAAAAUUAAAACAAGCAUUUGAAGCACCAACAUAUUUUAUAGAUGAGCCUGUUGAGCCAACAGUACAAACAAAGGAUGAGUCAUCUUUUCCUAUAGAAGAUAUCCCAGAGUUUUCUCUUGAGCCUGAUCAAUGUGAAAAGGAACAAACAACUUCAAUUCUCUGUAGUGAGGACAGGAUGGAAGAUCCUACUUUGACUGCAGUUAAGAUCUUCCCAUUAAGAGCUUUGCCAGAUGUCACAGAGGCAGUUCUUGACAACACAGAAUAUACUUUAGAAGAAAAGUCAGAGAUGAGAAUGUCUUCCAUAGAAUCAAAAUUAUUUGACUCGCAACAUUUUGUAUCUUUAGCAAAUGUUACUGAGGUCCAGCACUCGCCCACUUUAGUCAGACCCCAGGCUAGAUUACCAGAGAAAAUUAACCCAAAAGAUAGUUCUGUUAGCCCUAAAACAGUUCCGGAUAGCACAGUUGAGCAAAUAAUUAUACAAGAGGAGGUAUGUGUUAGGCAAAGUGGCAUUGAUAACUCUGCUCAAGAAGCUGCCAUGUCAGAUACCAAGGCACAGUCAAUUGAAAUAACUGAGUCAAUAAAAAUAGGCACCAUUAGUAUUCGAAGAGCAGACGAUGAGGACGUGCCACUAGAUAACAUCAAUCCAGUUAAUAUAAAACAUGAUAGGACGAAAGCCACAGAUAUAGCAAAACUAGUUAGUGUAAAAUCCAAAAUUGAGGUUGACAGAGCAUCACAAUCUGACUCAGAUUACCCUUACCAAACACAGAGACUGCAACAGCAACAGAAAAAACCUGCUAGGCUAGCGGUUGUUGGUGUUCCCAAACUUGAGGAAGAAGAAGUAACUUUUAGUGCUGUUUAUGACUACUAUAACCCACCAACUGAUUGGGGAAGGCCUUUGUCUCCAGAGUCAGAAAUGUCUAUUGAAGUAGGUAGCACAGUCAGUGAAGAGAUGGCAGAAAUAGAACGGUUCUACACACCAGCUUCAUCCACAGAAAUUUCUCAAAUUCAGAAGUCACCACAAUCUUUCCAUACCCCCUCAGAGACUCCAGGGGGUGUCAUGACUCCUCCCGAGUAUCCGUUUUCCCCUUUGGAAGACAAGAGACCCUCAUCUAGCUCUAGUGAAGAUUUUUAUUCCCCGGCGAAAUUUCUCAAUUCUCCAGAUGAUGAGGGUAUUGAAACAACUCCCCCUGUGUUUACUAUCGAUGAGGGUAUGAUUCUUCCAGAAGGACGUGGGUCACUAGGUUUGGGGACACUUCAGGAAAAGGUUCAGGGAAUUCCUCCAGCUUUCCUUAAGCCACUUACAAAAAGAAGAGUUUUUGAAGGUGAUUCCUUACAGUUCUGUGCUGAAGUAUUUGGACUACCCACUCCAGAAGUGAAAUGGUUUAUAAACAAAACUGAGCUUGAGGCAGAUGAGAGGAUUAGUAUUGAACGAGAUGGUGAUAACAUUGCUCUGGAAAUUAGGAAUAUCACAAAAGCUGACCAAGGGGAAUAUAUCUGUGACGCUCUUAAUUAUGUUGGUGAGGCAAAAAGUGUUGCUUUGGUUGUUGUUAUUUCUCAGGAAGCAAGGCAAAUGCUACCCCCUCCUGCUGUUACCCAUCAGCAUGUCAUUGAGUUUGAUGUCGAGGAGGAUGAGGAUCCGUCAAGAUCUCCCUCUCCUCAAGAAAUCUUGUUGGAGGUUGAGUUAGAUGAGAAUGAGGUGAAAGAAUUUGAAAAACAGGUAAAAAUUGUCACCAUUCCAGAGUAUACAGCUGAUAACAAAAGUAUGAUCAUAUCCCUUGAUGUUCUGCCAAGCAUGUUUGAAGAAGGGGCUGUGGAUUUUAUAACUCAAGAAAGUGAUGAAUUAAAAAUAGCUUUUGAAGUUACAGAAAUGCCUCCACGUUUUAUAAACCCUAUUUAUGACAUUGAAACACCCGAAAACACCAAUGUAAUGUUUGAAUGUUCCUUAAUGGGUAUUCCCUCACCAAUAGUGUCAUGGUACAAAGGAAAUGUAAAGAUUCCUAUGGAUAAGAAAAAGUACAUCUGCAGCUCAGAUAAUGAUAAUCAUUUUUUGAAGAUUCUCAAAGCCAACACACAUGACAGUGGCAUAUAUAUAUGCAGAGCCAUUAAUGUUGUUGGUGAAACACUUUGCAGGGCGUCACUUAUGGUUAUGAAUCCACAGUCAUUCUCAGGCAAAACAAGGGGAAGAGAACUAACUGCAGUUUCUCUUGGUAGUGCAAAAGUUCAGCCUCAGAAAUUUGACUUGGUUGUUGGGAACUCAUCAUUUGAUGGAGAACAGACAUCAGAAUUAGAGCUUGAAUUUGAGUUCCAACAGGAAUCUGAUGAGUCUCAGAAAGCUGUCAGACUGGUUGCUGUUACUGAUAACGAGACAAGUGAGCAAGGAGAAAAAUAUGUUAGUAUUAAUUUUGAUGUCUUUGCGGAACCCUCAAAAGAUGACAAAAUAGAAUUCAAAGGCAAAUCAACAAACACUUGUAGUUUUCAGUUUCAGGUCACUGAAAUCCCCCCAAAAUGUAUAAUCCCACUGCAAAAUGUCACUGCAGCUGUAGGUACACCUGUAAUGCUUCAGUGCUUGGUGAGCGGCAAACCUAAUCCUACAGCAGAGUGGUACAAAGAUGGUGCUCCAGUAAAAAAUGCUAGAUAUAUUAUCCAGGAGAAAGCAUCAGGGCAUUUCAAUCUGCUUAUAACAAAUGUAACUCACAGUGAUGCUGGCGAAUUCAAAUGUAUUAUCCAAAACAAAGCUGGUUACACAGAAACAACUUCGUUGUUGAAAGUGUUUUAAUUUGACAGCAGUUUAAAAAGUUAAUUGAUUAUGAAACAAUGUCAAGCAGGUUUGUUGUUUUGUUUACUUUGAAUAGAUGUAAUGUAGUACGCAAUUUUUUUUUUAUGUAUUACAAUUGUACAUUAUUGUGAAAUUAUGUAUAGAAACUUUUGCUUAAUCUGCAGUCAAAAUUGUUUUUCAUUAUUAUAUAUUUUAAUUAUCCCUAAUUUAUUGAAAAGACACGAUUUGAUCCUCAUUUACUCUUGAGUAAGUCUUCUUUUUUAUUGUUUUCCUCUCUGGUGGUGUCCUGGGUCUUUCUUUUUGUUGGUGAAUUGAGUUCAGGUGAAUUUCAAGCACCGUUUUGAAAGAUCUAAUAAAAUUUCUUGACAAUGCAUGCCCCAAAUAGUAGAUAAAAGUAAAGUAAAGUUUUCAAAAAGUGUUUUAAUUAAAAUUGCAUGAAUAUUAAU